GUUUUCAGAUAUGCAACCCAUAAACAAUAUUGUUAGUGAACACAUAUCUACCGGUUCCUCAUGUUAUAAACUUGAUCCUUUGCCAGAUUUCCAUACCAAAGAAAUAUCAAUAAAACGUAGUCCAGAUCCAUAUCCAAACGAAUUCUGCAGUCUCAAUCCACAACAUGAUGACGACUUAUACAAAUCUGUACGUUCUCUGGAUGAGCUUGAGAAAAGUUCUAUUCAUUCUCCUGAAGAAACUUUACUCCUUACAAAUGUCAAUGGCUUUUGGAAACAAGAAAAUAUCAAGUGGUCAUCAAAUAGUCCUAAAUUUUCACCUCCAACGAGUCCAUCGUUUUCCUACCGAUCUAUUUCUUCAGAUUGUCUUAGCGACGAACCUGAACACAAACCUCAACCUUUCCUACGUUCUCGCCAUGACAGCAGCUCUGAAGAAGUAAACAGAGCUGACGAAGUGAAAGAAGAUAUAAAGUCUGUCAGACUCACUUUUAUGCGGCAUAUGCAGUUUCCCACUAAAAUUCGCAGUCAGUGGAAGCAAAAUUUCAACAAAUCUCACAUUGUCAGAAGCAGUCUAACUUCUACAGCACGUAAGAAAGCCUUACUAGCUAAAGCAGUCAGUCGCAAGAUGAUAUAUUCACAGUUAUCUAAAUCCACCUCUGUCCAACUAAAUCAAGAACCUUGGCAAGUUGGAGAGCUAGUUUGGGCUCGUCCUAAUUGGCCCGAAAACUUACCUUGGUGGCCAGCCAUAGUAACUGAAAAACCGAAAAAGUACCAAGCCAAGGGCUUUGGUUUGAAGUCUACAAACGAUGAAACAGUGCCUACAUUUCGAGUUUGCCUCUUGGGUAUUAUUCGACCGUUGUCUUUUCUAACACUCCCACAAACUCGUUUACGAUUAUUUUCUGGUCGAGAAGAAUUCGAAUCGUUUCUCCGUCAAACUGUUUUAGAAGCAAAAGAUAAAGUUCGGGCAUUACGUCAAUUUACUGUUCACCCAAGUUUACAGUCAGCUUGGCAUCGUGCUAGAGAGGCUGCAGUGGCAGCUAAAUUGACUAAACCAGCGCCAACUGACCGAUUAGCACUGUUUCCAUGGGCAACCGAGCCUUCAUUUCGUAAACUGGAUCCACUUUCAGAAUUUGUUAGAAAAAAUACCGGAAAGUUCACCUUAUACUCUAAAUCACGUAAACGUCCAUACCGAGAUGAGGCCAGUGAAGGUGGGUCAUUUUUGUCGUCAUCAUCAGAUGACUCAGCCACCUCUGUAGCAUCUGACAGUGAUAUAGAUUCUAAAGGAAAGCAUCAUCGUCCCAGUUCGUAUAUUUCUUCUUCUACAUCAACUAGUUCCAUAGGUCAUAGAAAACGGUUGAAAUUAUCAAAUGAUAGUUCAAAGAAUGAAAAAACUGGUCAACGUUGGAUAGAUUUAGCGAAUAGUUUUGAAUUUGAAAAAUUGCGUUUUGGUCAUACAACACCAAAACAUCAUUUUAUGUGUAGUGUUUGCGGUGAGUUCAAUAAUAACACCUCAGUAACAACAACCAACAGUCAUUCAACAGUAAACACUGCACAACCAAUUUUAUCCGAUGUAGCACAUACAACACAGUUAGAUUUACAGAAAAAUUGUAAUCAAGUAUCACAGCAACAUCUUGAUAAAUUAGAUAGUGUAAUUAUGCCAUGUGUUGGUUAUUGUGGAAAUUAUUUACAUUUAAAUUGUGCUCCAUAUAUAUUUUAUAGAAGUAUAAAACAAAAAAUCCCCGAUCAUAAUGGUACAGAUGAUAGUAAUCAUCAAGUAAUAACAACAAUGAAUAAUAAUAUGAGAGAUAUUAAAUGUUCAAUGACAAAAGAUCUAACAGUAACAUCUGUAAUAAAUAAUGAUUCACUACAACCUAACCCAGUUUGUAAUCUCUGUUUAGCUGGAUUAAGACAGUGUUUUAUUUGCUAUCUUACCCAUCCAGAUCCUCAUCUAUUAACACUUCAAGGAUCCAGUUGUUCAGAAACUCCUUCUGUGGAUCAUGCAAUUUCAGAUUCAUCUGUUGUUGAUAAAAAUAUCUCUGAAGUAAAUAUAAAAAUUGAAGAUGGUGUUACUGAUAAUAAUUCACAUCAGAAAGAUAUCCAAUUAAUAUCAGAACCAAGUAAAUCUGAAUUACCUCGAAGUGGUGAUCAAAUGAUACGUUGUUCAGUACGAGCUUGUCGACGAUGGUAUCACCCUAGUUGUCUUCGUAAACCACCUUUUGCUGUUGUAGUCCGAGAAGGACGUUCUGGCUCAUUCACUUGUCCUGCACAUACUUGCUUAGCUUGUUCAGCUGAAACACCUGGCACUAUGCCACGACCUUCUCCUCAUUUCAUUCGUUGUGUUAUGUGUCCUGCUGCUUAUCAUCCAGGAGACUGGUGUUUACCAGCUGGCAGUAAAGAAAUUGCUCCUAAUUUAAUAAUCUGUCCACGGCAUGCAUUACAAGAUGAAUGCAAAUUGUAUACUUCACCUCCGAAUAUCCAACUUAAAUUACCAUCAUCAGGGCUGUUGAAUAUGUUUCGACCAACUAACGUAUCGUGGUGCUUUAUCUGUUCUAAAGGUGGACGUAUUAUUUGUUGUGAAAAUUGUCCAGCUUCAUUUCAUGAAGAAUGUCUUAAAAUUGACGAGGUCCCUGAUAAAUUUAUCUGUGAAGACUGUACAAAUGGGCGCAUGUUACGUUACGGCGAGAUUGUAUGGGCUCGUUUACCACCAAGUUUGCAGCUCUAUCAUCAGCGCUCUUUAAAAUUGUCUGGUGCAUAUAAUUCACAUCGUCUAUCUCCGUUUAAUUUGUCAGGAACAAUCCGUCCUAAUGAUUAUGCGUCACUUACUGCUGGUAUGUAUUGGUGGCCAGGAGAAUUGGUACAUCCAAGACAUUUACAAACAACUCAAUGUCAUGUACAAUCUGAAAAUAAAGCUGUUACAAUUAAUUUUCAACCAACAACUAGCCCAACAUCACAUUCAUUUAACCAUAUACUUGGUUCAGUGCUUGUUCGAUUAUUUGGUUUAACUGGUCGCCUGUCUCAUCGACAUUCACGUCCUGUUUACUUAUGGACUACACGUGCUAGAUUAUUUCCAUAUGAAGAAGGUGAUGAUAAACGUGGAGCUCACAGUACUAGCUCUGAUGAUGAUGACUCUACGGAACCAGAAAGAGAAGGGGAUGUUGCUCAUAAAAAAUACCACACAAAACAGCGUGCCAAUCGUAACCGUCGUCAUAAUGACUGUGACGAUGAUGAUGGAGAAGAUGAAGAUCCUUUGUUGGAAUUAAAUUCAAGCAAUUUACUUAUUGAAGAAAGCAAUAAUAAUAGUAGUAAAGGUAUUAAUACAAGUUGUAAUGAAAAUAGUAAUCCAAUGGAAUCUCCCACUGGAUCAAUUUACAAGUCAUCCAGUCGUUUAUCUCGUAAUUUAUGCUUAAGACCUCGUGCAAAUAACUGUUUGAAUGAUGAAAAUUCUGUCAAUUCAACACCAAAUCCACGUACACCACCGUCUGUAGUUAGACGUAAAAAAUUUAUAUACAAUGCUGCAUUAAAGCAGGCUGCUCGUGGUUAUCUCAAAAGACAUGAAAAAUUCUCUGAACUUCUGGGUAGAACACGACGUCCAGAUUAUUAUAAACCAAUAAAGGUAAAUUGGCCACUUGGUUCCGUUCGAGUUUAUCGUCUUACAGAUUCAAGUGAAGCUCCUCGUUGUGAAUGUAAACCAAAUUCAGAAGACCCUUGUGGACCAUCUAGUAACUGUAUUAAUCGUGAAUUGCACUAUGAAUGUUUACCUAGUAUAUGCCCAAAUGGUGAUGCUUGUCGUAAUCAACGUUUUACAAAACGUCUUUAUCCUCCUCAACGACCUUUCUGGACUGGUGAUCAACGAGGUUGGGGAUUAAAGACUAUGAUAGCGAUUCGUGCCGGUGAAUUUGUCAAUGAAUAUAUUGGUGAUUUAAUUGAUGAAGAUGAAGCUAAUCGGCGUUUAAGAUUUGCUCAUGAAAAUAAUAUUACUAAUUAUUAUAUGAUGAAAUUAGACAGUCAACGUAUUAUUGAUGCUGGACCGAAAGGUAAUUUAAGCCGUUUUAUGAAUCAUUCAUGUGAUCCAAAUCUGAAUACACAAAAAUGGACUGUUAAUGGAGAUAAUAGAAUUGGUUUAUUUGCUGUCAGAGAUAUAUCUGCUGGUGAAGAGUUAACAUUCAACUAUAAUUUUGUUGCAUUGGGUCAAGAACGUUUGAAUUGUCGAUGUGGUGCGUCAAAUUGUGUUGGUUUUCUUGGUGCACGUUCAGAAUCAUCCAGUAAUAAUAAUGGUAGUGGACAAGUUGGCGGUAACUCAUCUUCUAAUUAUGGUGAAUCAAAUAAUCCAUCAAAUGCUUUAAUUAACACAGAUAUUAGCCGUGGAUCAUCUAAACGUCAUACCGUCCAAACAAAUUCACGCUCCAACGAUAUUGACAAGUGUCAUAUGAAAGACGGACGUGACAUAUGUUCUAGUAAAGUUUCUAAUCAUAAUCUAUCUACUACUUCACUGAUAAACAAUAACAAAAACGGUUCGACCAAUGUGAAUAGUCCCUUGAAUAUGAAUAGACGUCACGAAACUAAAUGUUUCCGGUCGGUAGUAUAUAUGGGGAUAUUUUUCUCGUUCUAAGUAAUAAUACUUCAUAUUUAAUUUUUUUUCAAACUUUUGUCCUGUUUGUGAAAUUCUGAUUUGGAUUCUUAGGAUAACUGAUUCUGUUUAAAGAAAUCCGAAACUACCCUGCUUAUUGUCUACGGGUCUCAACCGAUCUCUUGUAUAAAUCUUUAACGAGUAGUAACCGCUGUCAUAUUAUCUAGUGUUCGUUGAUUCCUUCCGAUCACCCAACACCAAACACACAAACUUAAUUAUUUGACUUAGUGGCCACAUUUCGGCUUUAUCAAUAGAAUUUUGUCAGCUAUAGGGACUAGUCAACGUGAUUAUACUUGACUUGAAUGCAUUAUGCAACCAUUAAAGCAAAAAAAUAAUGAUUUAACCUUGAAAGCUGUUACCUUCUUCUUUGUUUAAAACUAAAACACUGAUCACUGCGAUCCACUCAUCUUGGCACAAAUUAAAACCAUACAUAUUCCAAAAUAGCUGGAAUAACAAUUUACGAAGAAAAAAAUUCUAAUACCUUCACUCAUCCACUAGCGCUGAUUAGUUAAAAUCUAUCUAUCAGUAUUUUUGGUCUUGCAGUGAGCAUGCAAUUUUUUCAGUAAUUUAGGAAUAUUUUAGUCUCCAGAAGCAUCAUUUAGACUAAAUAUCAAUAUUCUAACAAUUGCAAUAAAGUUAGAAACUAUUAGGUGAGUGGAUCUCUGCUUCCCACUUUUAUGGUAGUAGUGAUUUCUCAUUUCAUAGAAAUUAUAUUUUAGUGAAUGGUCACUGUUUUUACGUAAAUCAUGAACAGCCUAGUUUUUUUUUAAAAAUUCAGUGUUUGAUAUAUAACUUGAAUGCUGUUUAUCUUUAAUCAAAACAUUUCGUAAACAGUCAUUUAUGAUUUACUAUUUCAUAUUUUGUUCAAAGUCAAAAUCCUUAACUUUACACAACUCAUUGGUAAACUUUCAUGAAAUAUUAUCAAUAUGUAUGGAUAUUAUUUCGUGAUUGAAAGUAAUUAUUAUUUCCAGGAAUACUUCAUUAAUAUCAAGAUAUUUGUUAUUCAUCUACCUAUUUGUCUAAUCGUUGACUAAAAAUUGUUUUCAAUACUAUUUCAUAGAUGUGGCGAAAAAGACGCUCCUAUUGGAAAGCGAUCACUAUCAUUAUUCAGUGAAACAUUCAGUCUAACGAAUUCUUCACAUAAUAAUACUACUAUUGUACCAUCAUCUUCAUUGUCAUCGAAUAAAUCUCUAAGUAAACGUGGACUAAAGCGUGAACUAGAAGAUUUAGUUGCAUCAGUAGUGAGUCAUUCACCAAGCAAAAGUCAACAUGGACUCAGUUCGCCUACAGUAAUCAGUCGAAACGAAACACAAUCAUCGAUUUUUGUAAGUACUACUAAUACUACCACCGAAGAUCAAACAUCGUACAAGUCAGCUGAUCUUAUUUUAUGCAGUAAACACGAUUGUUCUAAAGCUUAUCAUUUAUUCUGUCUGGAUUUAGAUACACCACCUCAAGGUCAGUGGUUUUGUCCCUGGCAUCAUUGUGAUGCAUGUGGUCGUCCUUCUCAUAUUUUCUGUUCCAUAUGUCCAUCUUCAUUUUGUCUGGCCCAUGUUGAAGGUAGUAUUGUUGUUCUGCCUCCAGUUCUGCCAAAACGCAAUCGUAAAUUAUCUAACAAUCGACCUGAAAAUAAUGUUGUUGACCGUAUAGAAAAUAAGAAACUCUACUCUCUUCUUGCUCGAAUCGUUUGUAUGUUUCACCAUGACCUGAUAAACAAUGUUCACGAUCGACCUGUAGUAAAGAAAAAGAAUCUUAAUCCACUAGUGUCAUCAACGUCGAGUAAAUCUGAUACGUGUGAGAAAAAUGUUUGUACUGAAAUACUACAAAAUCAUUUGGAUGGUAGUAAUAGUUACUCUUCAGGAUUGAUGAUGACAAGACGUCAAAGCCUUUUGCGUCAGUCAACAAUGUCCCAAGCUGAACAUUGCAAUGAUAUUAGUACGCCCAAUAACAACGAUAGUAAUAAUCCGACUAGUUCGUGUGGUUUAGAAACAAAACAAAAUGAUUGUCUUUCAAAUUGUGUAAGCACAACACCAAAUCGAACUAUUGAGACCAACUAGAGGUUGAUAGAUUAAUUUCAUUUUAAUGUCUUUUUGUAUAUGUAUAACUGUAUUACUUAUUUUUUUAAUCCAAACAAUAAAGCUUGUUGUUUAUAAUUUUCUGAUUCCGAAAGCAUAUUGUGACGGUAGAAAUUGAAAUCAGACUCAAUAUAAUUCAGUGAUGGCAACUUGUUUGUUUUAUUCUAGGAUUUAAU